AUGACAGGAAUGGAGACUGAAACUGCAAGAGACAAAGCCAUGGAAGAAGAAAGCACAGAAAGGAAAAAGGAGAGAGAGAAAAAGAAGAGGUCAAGGGUUAAACAGGUUCUGGCUGAUAUAGCGAAACAAGUGGAUUUCUGGUUUGGUGAUGUUAAUCUCCACAAAGAUAGAUUUCUGCGAGAACAAAUAGAAAAGUCCAGAGAUGGGUAUGUCGACAUAUCGCUUCUUGUUUCUUUCAACAAAAUGAAAAAAUUGACUACUGAUGGAAAACUGAUAGCUCGAGCCGUUAAAAGUUCAUCUGUUGUAGAGCUGGAUUUAGAGGGAACUAGAAUCAGAAGACGCCAACCACUGAGUGAGCAGCCAAAGGAUGUGGAUAGUCGUACAGUCUAUGUGGAGUUGCUUCCCAGAAAUGUCAAUCACAGUUGGAUUGAGCGGGUGUUUGGGAAGUGUGGUAAUGUAGUUUACAUCAGUAUACCCCGGUUUAGAACUACUGGCGAUCCAAAGGGAUUUGCUUUUGUUGAAUUUGAAACUAAAGAGCAAGCAGAGAAAGCUAUUGAGUUUUUGAAUAAUCCACCAGAAGAAGCGCCACGGAAACCUGGGAUUUUCCCCAAAACAGUAAAGAAUAAGCCUGUUCCUGUACUGAAUGCAAGUAACAGUAGUGUAGUAGAGGAGAAGAAAAAGAAGAAAAAAAAGAAAUCCAAAAUCAAGAAAGAGAGCAAUGUGCAGGCAGCUGUAGAGACAGAGGAAUCGAACACGAAUGCUACAACGGAGCAAGUACCCAAGUCAAAGAGACAUAGGACUUCAUCAGAGUGUUCAGAAAUGGAGGGAACUGAGACUCACAGGCAGCCCUCAAAGAGAGAGAAAAGAAAAUGGGUCAGAACAGAAAGCUCAGAGGUACCUUGGGAAAGCAGGCCGGGGAAGAGAAAAAGAACCAGCUCUGGAGAUGGUGAGACAUCAACUCCAAAAGUCAAGAAAACUGUUCAAAAGGAUGAAGUACCUCCUGUAAAAGAGGAAACGGAAGCUCCAAAGGAUUCCAAUGACAUUUCUGCAGAAGAUGACAAAGAUAAAAAAGACACAUCCCUUUCAAAAUCAAAAAGGAAACAUAAGAAAAAACACAAAGAAAGGCACAAAAUGGGUGAAGAAGUCAUUCCACUCAGAGUACUCUCCAAGACCGAAUGGAUGGAUUUGAAGCAAGAAUACUUGACACUUCAAAAAGCCAGUAUGGCCUCUUUAAAGAAAACAAUGUCUCGGAUCAAAUCUGAACUUGUGGGAGAGAUGGAAACGGAAUCUUGUGCACAGAAAAAGCCGCAAUCUGAAAAUGACAAAUCCACCAGUGAAGAUUCUGCCACUCCUGCCAAGGCUAACACAGUGGGGCCCCAGUUCCUGAGUGGAGUAAUUGUGAAGAUCAUUAGCACUGAGCCCCUGCCGGGCAGGAAGCAGAUCAAGGAUGCUUUGGCAGUGCUGGUUGAUGUUGCUUAUGUUGACAUGCUGAAGGGAGACACAGAAUGUCAUGUCCGUUUUAAAACUCCUGAGGAUGCACAGAUAGUCAUGAAAUCAUACAAAGACAUACAGAUCAAAAACAACUGGAAAUUCGAAGUUCUCACUGGUGAUCAUGAACAACGUUACUGGCAGAAGAUUUUAGUGGACAGGCAAGCUAAACUUAACCAGCCUCGAGAAAAGAAGCGGGGUACUGAGAAGUUGAUUGCUAAAGCUGAAAGAAUGAGACUUGAAAAGACCCAACAAACAAGUAAACAUAUUCACUUCACUGAAGAGAACUAG